AUGUCAGAUAAAGCAUUACUAGAGGAAGCAAGAGAGGCUGUUAACAAAAAGCAGUUUGAUGUGGCUGAAACCAAGUAUAAAAAGAUUCUAGAGGAUUCAAAACAAGAAACUUCCACGUCUGCCAAAGUGUUGCAACUUCAAGAGAAUGCCAUAUUAGAAUUGGGAAAGAUUUACAGAACUUUGGAUCAACCUCAAAAACUAUUGCAAGUGAUAACAGACUCCAGGCAGUUAUUAGGCAAUUUCGCCAAGUCAAAGACAGCAAAGAUUGUUAGGACUUUGAUCGAGUACUUCGACAACUUGACGGAUGCAUUGGAUGUUCAGAUCGAAGCCACAAGACAAUCAAUUGAUUGGGCAAUGGAAUCGAAACUAUCAUUUUUAAGGCAAAGUUUGCAAUUGAAGCUUAGUGACCUUUUGUAUCAAAAACAUCAAUACCAUGAGGCAUUAAAGUAUAUAAAUGAGUUGUUGAGAGAGUACAAAAAGUUGGAUGACAAGUCCUCGUUGGUUGAAGUCCAAUUGUUAGAAAGCAAAAUCUACCAUGCAUUGCGAAAUAUUGCAAAGUCUAAAGCCGCAUUAACCAGUGCCAGAACGUCAGCAAACUCGAUUUACUGCCCGACUUUGUUACAAGCAGAAUUAGAUUGUCAAAGCGGGAUACUAAACAUGGAAGACAAGGAUUACAAAACUGCAUUUUCCUAUUUCUAUGAAAGUUUUGAAGGGUUCAAUUCUCAACAACUGGAUGAAAACUCCAAAACAGCCGUUAAGGUUUUAAAGUAUAUGUUGUUGUCAAAAAUUAUGUUGAAUUUGAUUGACGAUGUCAAUAACAUAUUAAAGAACAAAAACAUGGCUCAAUAUCAAUCAAAGGACAUAGACGCAAUGAAGUCAAUUGCCGUGGCGUACUCCAACAGAUCAUUAAAAGAAUUUGAAAACAGUUUGAUUCAAUACUCAACAGAAUUGAAAUCUGACGACAUUAUCAAGAACCAUUUCAAUUCUUUGUAUGACCAAUUGUUACAAGUCAACUUGUUGAAAAUUAUAGAGUCAUACGAGUGUGUUGAGUUGGAGCAUAUUGCCAAAGUGAUUGGAUUAAAUGUCAAGCAAGUUGAAGGUAAGUUGAGUCAAAUGAUUUUGGAUAAGGUUUUCUAUGGAGUUUUGGAUCAAGGUAAUGGAUGGCUUAUUAUUUACGACGAGCCAAAGAAAGAUGGAGCAUAUGAAGCGUCGUUAGAUUUGGUGAAAAACUUGUCGGGUGUCGUGGACUUGUUGUAUGAGAAGGCAACUGCAUUAAAUUAG